CUGCCCUCAGGGGCAGUUCUUUAGAGGACAGAGGCGGGUCAGAGAAGCGGCCAGUGCAGGUGACGCCUCACAACCGCGGGCAGCGACAAGCCGCCACAGGUGCUGCGCAGGGCACCGGGGUCCUGGGCAUCACAAGGCCAGCUCCGAGAGCUGACGCUGCUUCCAAACUGCUCCUGACUCUGGCAUCAUCGAGUCCCCAGGAACGGAGAGAGAGAGGAGCCCUGGGGGUUGUGGGCAGAGAGGGAAGUCCUUCCCUGAGCAGGACACGGAGUUCCCCAGGCCAGGCGGUGAGGUUUUGCGUGUCCUCCGGAGCGCAGGACAUUCAGAUCACGAAACAAGAGAGCGAAGUUCCACGGGUGCCAGCGCAGCCUGCAGAUCCAGGUAGCGACGACCCUGGGCAGCCUUGGCAAGCAGAGCGCGGUGGUAGCGGGGUUGUCAGUCCUUCCCUCGGCUCGGACACUUCCUCGUCCAGCCCUGAAGCACCUCGACUGCGCUUUUUUUUGCCUCCCCCCUUCCCUCCACGGUGCCCAGCGGAGCGCCACGGGAGCCCGCGGAGUUGCAUGCGGAUGGAGACGCCCAUCGAGCGCGAAAUCCGCCGCAGCUGCGAGCGGGAGGCGAGCCUGCGCCGGAGCCGGGGUCUGAGCCCGGUGCGCUCGGGUCUGGAGCUGGUCGAGUUGCGCGUACGGCCCGUGCUCAGCCUUCCCGGCUCGGGCCCCGCGCUCCCGCGCACGGUGGAGCGCGCACGGGCGGGCGCGAAGAUGCUACGAGACAUCGAGCGGGAGGCUCACCGGCAGACGGCGCUCGCGUACCCGGCGCCCCGGGCACCCUGCGCACGGCCGUCGCCGCCGCAACCUCUGGAUGAGCUCAAACGUUUCUUCGAGACCUCGGCGGCCGCGGAGGACGUCGGGGGAGCCCAGCGCUGGCAGGAGCCCGGAGGUCGUCGGCGCUCCGCCGUGCAGAGCCGCUGCCCGGCGUUGGAGCGCGCGUCCCUGCUGGAGCUGGAGGUGCGCGAGGCGCGCGAGCGGGAGCGGGAGCUGCAGCUGCAACGGCGCAGCGUCUACGGCGGCACGGCCGAUUUCGAGGAGCCCGCGCCCAGCCUCACCGCCAGCAAGGGCGAUGGAAAGUUGGCGGUGACCUGGCCCCCUCCCCGCAGAAAUGCCUCGGAGAACGGCCUGGAGCAGGAGCGCAAACCUUGAGGUUUGAAUAGGAUGGGACCCCCCCAACCCCCGGCCGGAAGUCAUACGCCCUUCUGAGGGUCUCCAGAAGGUCUAGGGAGAGAAUUCAAGCCUCGGCACUGGGAACCCUGAAACCCAGCCUAUCCCGUGAUUUUGGCUUUGUGAAAAAUGUUCUGGUCUUUCAUAAAACUGUUUAUAGCCUACCCUGGGAAAGUGACCGCCACCCUCAAAUUUUGUGUCGGCGGACAGGGUGCACGUGCCAGCUCCGGAAGGGUCCCCUGGGAAAGCGAGGUCUCGGCUUGUCCAUUUCCCUCCCCCCCCACCCUCUCUCUGACCUCAGCUUGGGGAGUUUGGGACUGUCAAGGUCCACCUCCCACUUUGCUUCCAAGGUUCAAGACCCCGGUGCAACCCACGUAGCGCUCGGAGGUCCGGCCGGGCCUGCUUGACCCAGGAGGAUCUGUACCAGCAGAAUCCAGCCAGUGGAAUAGACCUUCAAGGGCUGUUAUCCGUGGUCUGCACCAAGCACUUUUCAGGGCACAAUAAAAUGUGACGGGUACUUGGAAGGGGAAGCCAAGGUCAUCCUCCGCUGGCCCUAGGGGCACCCACCGGCCGAUGGACCACAGCUUCUGGAUCUGCGGGCACGCGUUGGCUGGACCCUGAUUGGCAUCCUCCCAUCUUCUGGAGUGGUCUCCAGGUUCCAGCGUAUCUUCUUGUAGAGGUAUCGGGGGAACCGGCCAGCAGUGUAGGCAGCUGGGGUGCAGUAUCUGAAGAUGGACACUUCAUGGGAAGGGCUGAUGGAGAACCUCCCGCAGAAGAAACAGGAAAUGCUGGCAGGACAUGGGACGGUAGAAGGAAGGGGAUCCGUCUCGUCCAGGUCCACGAACCCAAAGGAGGCGUACAUGAGGACCAGCUGCUCCAGACGCAGGGUCAGCUGCUGGGAGAUGUCCAGUAGCUGCGUGGAUGGGGGCAGCAGGACAUCAGUGAGCCAGCCUUGAGGCCACCCUUCCCGCCUCCCCCCCCCAACCACACACACACCAGGGCUGUGGUUGGUAAGGGCCUCGGGUAGCUGCUGCACGUACCCCCUUUCGGACCAGCUCCUGCAGGGUGCCAUAGAUGGGGGGCACGCUCCUUGCCGCAGCUUCCAGGUACAGGAAGUAGGGCUCGCACAUCUUUAAGAAGGUGGGCAUGGCCCUUGCCAGCUGCUCCUUGUGCACCUGGUCCCAGCUGAAAGCAGAAGAGGGCGUGAACCUGGGAUCCUCAUGACCCUGCCUCCGCCCCAUUCUUACCCUCUACCACCUGGAUCCUAACCCCUUGGCCUAACCCCUGUUACAAAAAAAAAUAGAAAUAGAAAACAAACAAACAAACAAACAAACAAA